CACGGAGUCUCUGGAGUUGGUGUAGUGUGGUAUAAGCGGCUUUAAGAUUGUAAUGUCUCUAUAGAAACCGCUCGAGGAACACAAGAGUUCCCAUGAUCAUUGCUUUCAGUUCGCUGCAUCUUUCUCUUAAUCAUCAUGACAUGAACGUAUCCCACUGGAAAGUUUUAUUUUUCUCAAAAUCCACCUUGUCUACAUUUGUUUGGCUUAAAAUCAUGUUGAUUUGUGAAUCAAACGUGUGUCUGUGUCGUUUGGACCAUGAGGAUCAUAUGCGCUGCUCUGCUCUGGAGAUCUAACCGCGCUGCGCUCCAUCGCUAGCUUCACCUCUCCUGGCCAUGAGUACGGAGAAGCCAAACUUUCUGUCUCAACCUGAAGUGAAAAAUAUCUAUUUCUAUCGCAAUGGGGAUCCGUAUUACGAGCCCAGGCGUUUGGUGAUUAACUCGAAGCGGGUUUCGACCUUCGACACGCUGCUGCGGGAGGUGACUGGCGGCGUGAGGGCUUCGUUCGGCGCGGUCCGCAACAUCUACACGCCCAAAGCCGGACACCGGGUCCAGUCCCUGGAGCACCUGCGGAGCGGAGAGCAGUACGUGGCUGCUGGACGAGAGAGGUUCAAGAAGAUAGAUUAUUUACAGAUAGGAACCAGGAAGAAAAAAACGCUUCAGCCCAAUGGAGUGCUGAAACCUGUUCCUCGGAGCCGUGUGAUUGUAUCUGCCAGAUUCCUGAAGCCCAUCAAAGAACCCUGUGCAAUAUUUGUUGUGGCAAAUGGAGAUGUCCUGAACCCAGCAGUGAGGUUGCUGAUUCCCAGCCGUGUGAUUGGCCAGUUUGAGCGGAUUCUGGAGAUGGUCACAGAGAAAAUGGGCCUGCGAAUCAUCGGGGGUGUGCGGAGCUUGUACACCUUUGAAGGGACUCUCGUUAUGGAUGGAAAGGAGUUAGAAAAUGGACAGUUUUACGUCGCUGUUGGCAGAGACAAGUUCAAAAAGCUUCCAUACAGUGACCUGCUAUUCAAUAAACCCAUCGGCAUGAAGAGAGUGAACGGGUCUAAAGCUGCGUCAUUACCGCCGAUAUACAAAUACAGAAGACAGAAUGGAGAUGUGGGGAACCAUCAUCUGAGCAAGUCUGAGUGUAGACAGGAGAAGAGCAGUCCUCCGGCGCAGAGCUCUAAAGAGCAGCUGUCCUCUGUAGUCAGAGAGAUCUCACAGGCGAAACUCAUUAACAUCCGCAAGAAGAGGAGUGGACUCAUGGCUUCACAGGAGACUCAGGACAACGAUGAUGGAGACGACGGAAGAGCAGAAGAUGAUGAGAAAUCUUCACCGGUCCAGCAGGAGGCAGAGGAGGCCAGUCCUGAUGUAGACGACUCAACCACAACAGAAAGUGAAGCGGCCCAAAACACAGAAGAAUCACCGUGUGACGGAGAAGAAGAGACGAAACCAGAGGAAGAAAAGAAUGAAGAGGAUGGAGAGAUAAAGGAAGAGGGACAAACUCCAGAACCAGAGCCACAUGACGACGGUGAAGAGAAGAAGGAUGAAGAAGCUGAAGGAGGAGAUGAAGAGGAGAAACCAGAGGAAGGAGCAGAAGAGGAGAACACAGAGGAGGAGGGAGAGCCGACGGAGGAGAAUCCAGAUCCCAGUGAGGACUGAACGAGAAAACCUGAAGCGAGAAACAAUCGUCAUGUCCUUCAAAGCGUAUACUUCUCUGUCUGCUGCAGAGCACAGAAGGAGCUGUCGUUUCUGUAUAACAACAUGGAAAAGAGAGACCAGAACAUUCCUCAAAAUAUACUGUUUUAGUGAGAAGACAGAUGGUCAUACAGGUUUGAAUCAACACUUCUGGGAGAACUAUCCCUUUAGAAGAUUAUAUUACUUCUAAUUUAAUCAUAUUAAUAAUUUAUUGUAUUGAGCUUCUAAUACUGCCAAUAUAUUUAAUAGCACAACUAAUUUAGACAGUUAGGAUUUGAGAAAAUAUCUAUUUUCCAUAUGGUAACAUAAUUAUGGUAACAAAACCAGUACAAGUGCUAAUAUCUGCUAAACUGAUAGGUGUAAUGUUUGCUAAAAAUAUUUGCUAAAUAUAUGGAUUUCUAUUCAUCUUUCAGUGUCUUGUCUGUUGUGUGUCAUUAUUGUGAUAUUAUCAUUUCAACUGAAUUGAUUAACAUCAGUCCUGAAGAAGCUACGUGCAAACUAAAUACAGUGACUGCUUUCACA